GGUCUCUGAAAACGACCACGUGAUACAACUACGCCUUACUACAACCCACUUCGCAUCGUUUGUCAAUUAUUCACCCAUGGAUACCUCUUAUCAAGCUUCAUCAUCCUCGGUGCCCACCAAGAAGCCCGAUUUGAAGCGGAAACUCGUUGUUGUUGGUGAUGGUGGAUGCGGAAAAACAUGUCUUCUCAUAGUUUACGCUGAGAACCGUUUCCCGGAGGCGUAUAUUCCGACAGUAUUCGAGAAUUAUGUCACUCAAGUCCAUUUUGAAGGAAAGGAGGUUGAACUAGCGUUGUGGGACACAGCAGGCCAAGAGGAAUAUGAUAGAUUGCGGCCACUCAGUUACCCUGAGAGCGACGUAAUCUUGAUUGUGUUUUCUAUCGACUUUCCGACUAGUCUUGCGAAUGUGCAGGACAAGUGGUAUCCUGAAGUUGCUCAUUUCUGUGAAGGCACACCGCUCAUACUCGUCGGCACCAAGAUUGAUCUUCGAGGCGACGAGCAAACUAAGCGCAUGCUCGGUGCACAAGGGCAGAAAGCUGUUUCGUCUCAACAAGGUGCUGCAGUUGCCAAGGAAAUCGGAGCAAAAUACAUAGAAUGCUCAGCAAAAACAGGACAAGGUGUUCGGGACGUAUUCAAUCUCGCGCUGAAGGAGAGCAUGAAGGGCAUGUGGGGAAAGAUAGUUAAAAGACGACCACCGUGCGUCGUCAUCUGAAGGAAGGCAAGCUCCAUAAUCCGCCAGCACAUUCGGCGAGAUGUUUGGCCAUGGACAUUUCCUGGUUUGACUGCUCUGGGACUGCUUUGUUGUAUUCCCUCUUUCUUUUUGCAAGGAGGAUCGAUAGGCCGGAACUACACUGACGUCUUACCUCCACUUACCCGCAUUACAUAUGGGAACGAGUGCAUCACCUUCUGUACCAUCUUAACUUAAUGUACACUGUUUUGAAUAUCGCGAAUUGCUUAAUCUUCCACAUCUU